AUGUAUUCAGGCGGCAAUGGCCUGAAUGGCGGUUCUGUGGAUUUCGAGGAUGUGGCGUCGCCACAAGAAGUAAAUUUUGAGUUGCUCGAAUUUUACGAUGUGUACGUAGAAUCAAAGAGACCAGAUUUGAUUGUCAAACCAUUUGAGACUUCAAACCAUGUCAACAACUCGAAAACUAGCACGAUGAUCGUUAAAUACAAUCUAGCAAAGUUAAAAUUCAAUCAAUUGACUUCAAUUCAAAAGUACAUUUUCCCCAAUAUUCUGUUUGGCAAUACGGACCUACUUGUCUCAGCGCCCAACGGUAGUGGCAAGACAUUUGCCUACAUAGCCUCCAUUGUUCAAGUAGUCACCUGUCAAGUGGAACGGCAAACCGGGUUUUCCAAUCGCACUCCAGUUGCAUUGAUUCUUGUUCCUACGCGAGAACUAGUGCAGCAGAUAUUCAACCAAAUGAUGCUUCUCACAAAAGACACUGGAGUGCGGAUUCUCUACCUGUAUGGUGGCCAGGUGAACAUUGAUAAGCAAAUAGAAAAGAUAAAAUCUGGCCUGGACAUUAUCAUCUCAACGCCGGGACGAUUUCUGCAGCUGGUGCUGGCACAGGAACUUGCGCUGCAUAAUCUUCGCUAUAUUGUGAUUGACGAGAUAGAUAAAAUUCUGUUUCCUCAUCCCGAAGUGAACACUGAGCGACGAAUACCAUUGGCCAAUCGCAUUUCCACUGCCGCUGACUUUAAUCAGGAGACGCUAGAAGCAAUCUACAAGCUGUUUGGAAAAUCAUCGCCUCAGUCAUCUAAACUUGAUAAAGACUUUCUCAUCAACAAGGAGCUGUGUCGACUCUUCUUCUUCUCCGCAACCAUCGAUAGCCAGGUACGUGAAGAAUCGGAAAAGUACCUGCAUCCCAACUACGUGUACAUGGUCAUGGGCAAUAACAUCAAAGCAGUCAACUCCAAGAUCAAACAAGUCAUUCUGCCUUGCAAGAACUACACAGAGAAAAAAGUUGAGCUAAUCAAGCUGCUGAAAAGUCUGUGUACCAAAUUUUCUCGCAUCGUUAUCUUUGUCGCGGAGCGAGUUUUGUCAGACACGCUAAGUGAUUAUCUAAACCAGAAUGGCUUCACUGCCGCCUCAAUUCACGGCAAUCGCGUACAGGAGCUGCGAGAGCGGGUGGUGCAGGCCUUUCGCAGUGGCAAGCUUCAGCUCGUAGUAGCAACUUUUCUGAUGGCACGAGGCAUUGACGUCGAAGGUCUGAACUGUGUUAUCAACUUUGACUUUCCCGACUGCCUCUCAGAGUACAUUCAUGCCAUCGGACGGACUGGGCGAGCGGGCAAGAUCGGCAUGGCAAUUAGCUUCUUCAACACCACCCUCAAGCAGGAUAUCAACCUCAUCAAUGAGUUGAUCAAAUCACUGGAAGACGCAAACCAGGAUGUGCCCCACUUUCUACUGGAGAUGCAGAGCAAUCAGGCCAGCUGA